AUAAAAUGCAUUGACACUAUCCUGCUACAAUCAGCAAUCACUUCAUUUUACAGCGAGCCUGGCCGGAGGAUUAGCCUUCGUUCGUUUGCUGAACUGUAAACAAAUCACUUAUUUUGCACUUAGUAAUGGAAAACCGACCACCAAUACUUGUCGUCGUGUGUAGCUGCAAGAUAAAAGUACUUUCCGGUUAUCCUCACACUGAUGCUUGAAAGACUGUUUAUGACAAAAGAGCAAAUAUUGUUGAAGUGGAAAAUGGAAAAGAGGAAAUUAACACAACCAUAUCAUCAUCACGGUGGUUCCACUUGGCCAGAGCUCUCACACUCUGGUUGUGUGUGUCCUAUAAAAGCCGGCUAGGUUUGCAAUUUAGUUUCCACUUUCCCGCCGGGCAUUCUGGGACGAAAAUCUAUUUGAAACCGAGUCGAAUCGGGUUGUGUGAUUGUGAGUUUCUGGAAGCCAAUCUCUUCUUUCGUCGUUAUAAUACAUAAUACGAUUGAGAGUGUUUUUCCCUCUUCGAUCUAGCUUCAAAUGGGAUUAUAAAAGUGGAAGUGCCGAUCUUUGAAUCGUUUCCCAGGAUGUCUCGGUGAUUGUGCAUUUUCUCUGUGAUCCUUGAGCAUUCCUCAAGGUGGAUUCUCCCAUGCAGAGGAAACGACACACAUUAGCGAGGGUGGAAUAAUUUAUUAUAAUAAGCACCCUCCACAAUGAUGCGGCUGUAAGACGGUUCCACAAUCUGCCUUCGGAACGGCACUCCGAAGUCCUGUGGAAUAUUCACGCCAUUAUCGACUGUCUGCCUGGCCUGGCACAAUGGAGAUAUCCGAGUCGACGCAGGCAGUGUUUUUUGUGAGCCGAAUCUUUGGUCUGGCGCCGUACGUGGUGAAACGAACCUCCAAGGGACAAAUUGUGAAUUACAAGAGAAAUCUGCUUCUGGUGAUUUACAGCUUGAGCGUCGUGUUCUGUUUAGCUGGAUUAACCUUCAAGGGAAUAUUCUUGGAUAUAAACUCGAAAAAACCGAUACGUUUCGUUUUUAGAAUGAAGACGGCUACAUCACGGGUUGUGACAACGCUGGAUGUCUCGGUCGUGGUCUCGGCCUGUAUUUGCGGAGUUUUCUGCGGCAUUUACGGGCUGCCGUUCGUCCGGGAGCUGAACCAGCGCUUAAAUGAGGCGGACGAUAUGCUCUCGAUUUACGUUGCGGCGGGAAAACAGGACGACCGAGGAAAGCCGAGGAAAGGUCUCGCGAUGCUGACCCUGGUUGGCUUUUUCAUAACAGGUGCUCUUGCUCUCGAUAUUUGGGUUUGGUAUCGGAUAGCGCACAAAAUGAAGAAGGAAAAUCAAGACUCAGAUGCAAACGUGUUGGGAUACUGCCCGUUCUACGCUCUCUACUACAUCCUCAUGAUGUUUCACGUGCUGUUUGCGCAAUCAGCACUCGGAAUCAGCAACAGAUUCCGUCGCCUGAACGUGGCCCUGUAUCAAGUGUUUCCGGAAUUCAACAAAACUCCCAUAAUUGAAAUUACAUCGGUGUCAUCCACCAACAACGUCUCGGAAAAGUUGGACAAUGCCGUGGAGAAAAUCCGAGGGAUAACGACCGUGUCCCAUGCCCGCCCGUUAGUUGUUCACCCGCAGCCCCUGCUGACCCCUGACCGUGUGAUUGAGAAUAUGGCCUACAUCCAUGCUUCAUUAUCGACGGGAGUGAUAUUGGUUUCAAACACGUUUGGCGUUGCCCUGUUGGCGGUUUUGGGGUCGUGUUUGCUCCAUUUGGUGGCAACCUCUUACUUUCUGAUGGUGGAGCUGGUGGGUGAUAAGGAUGCGGUAUUUUCCUGGAUUCAAGCACUCUGGCUGUUCAUCCACAUUUUUCGCUUUCUGUUGACCGUUGAACCGUGCCACAUAACCAACGUUGAGUCCCGCCGGACGAUGGCCAUCGUUUGCAAUUUGAUGCGAACCUGCCAGGAAUCGGUGGCAAAGGAACGUUUGGAAAGUUUUUGGCGCCAGCUGGUUGGAAAUAAUUCUAUGUUCACCGCAUGCGGUUUGUGUUCGAUCGAUAGACAUAUAAUUACGUCAUAUUGUGGCGCUAUUGCAACGUAUCUCGUGAUACUUAUACAAUUUAAGGAAGCUGAUGACAAACCAAUGUCGAAAGCUGGUCGCCGAGCAUUUUUGAAAUCGUUUAAUAACACAUCAUGAACUGCUGAUAAAAUAUCAUUAGCUUAAAUAUUUUAAAUAAUCUAGUAAAGUGAUGGUGACAAAUCAAUAAAAUUAUUGCUAAUAAUUUGUAAAA